GGAGAAGGAGGAGAAGGCAGCGCUUUGGACGGGGGGAGUGCUUUCUACAUCCCGAAUGGCGGACCGAGAGGCGUCGCCGAUACCGCUGGAGAUCCGAGCCCGGCUGGCGGAGCUGGAGCUGGAGCUGUCAGAAGGUAUGGAGGGGCCAAUGUCUCAUCGGGCCCCGCUCGGCCCUCCUUCUGCUGCCCGUUUCCACCGGCGGAGAACCUCUGGCACAAGAGACGAACGCUACCGAUCAGAUGUCCACACGGAGGCGGUGCAGGCUGUGCUGGCACGCCAUGUAGAGAGGAAGAUGGCGGUGCCCAUGCCUUCCAAAAGACGUUCACUGGUGGUUCAGACCUCUAUGGAUGCUUACACACCCCCAGGUCUGUCCCCGCUGUGCUCAGACUCGUCGUCGGGCUCCGAGGAGGAGGCGGGGCCGGGCGAUGACAUGUCGGGCAUGGAGCACUGGAUGGGCCGCCCCUCACAGCUUGGCCCCGCCCACCUGGGCUCCACUUCCUCCUCCUCUUCUUCCACGCAGAGCGGAGGCAGUGGAAACGCCGGGCGACUGGCUGACUCGUUGGCGCACUCCCACAUUUCGCACUUGGCGCACGCGCACCUGGGGCACCCUCACCUGAGCCAGUCGCACCACCUGUCACAGUCGCAUCACGGGAAUGUGGGCCGAACCAGGGAAUGUGGGCCGAACCUGGGAAUGUGGGCCGAACCAGGGAAUGUGGGCCGAACCAGGGAAUGUGGGCCGAACCAGGGAAUGUGGGCCAAACCUGGAAAUGUGGGCCGAACCAGGGAAUGUGGGCCGAACCAGGGAAUGUGGGCCAAACCUGGAAAUGUGGGCCGAACCAGGGAAUGCAUCGGCCACCUCUCCCUGAAGAGGAAGGGGGCUCUGAGUGUCGCUGAGAACGGUGGCUCUCUGAGGCGAUCCUGUGAGUUUGGAUCUGACAUGUUGUGGCCGCCGCCGCUGGAGUCAGAGGAGAACCACUCAGCUCCACCGGACGUGACAGGAUACUCGUCGGACUCGUCCCACUCCCACACCGAGCGCCACCCCAUGUCCAACAUGGGGACGAUUGCCAGGAACACGCAGAAAUACGGCAACGCCGAGCGCAUGGAGACAGGCGACGGUGUUCCCGUCAGCAGUCGUGUGUCGGCCAAGAUCCAGCAGCUUGUUAACACGCUGAAGCAGCCCCGCAGGCCACCGCUGAGAGAGUUCUUUGUUGAUGACUUCGAUGAGCUUCUAGAGGGUUGA